AUGACGAGGAUAUGUGACUUGUUUGGCUCUCGAUCGGAAGUAACAUGCGAAUGUAUGUACACUACACACAAGAAACAGAAACGCAAGAUCUGGCACGAUGGACUUAUAACGCUUUAUGCUUCACGUAAACUCGUUGUGUAUGCUGUUGAAGAUGAUGAAAAAACACGAAAAGUGAUUGACGAGACCAAAUUAGCCACAGUCAAUUGGGAUUGCAAAGAUAACGAGUAUAUUGAGACGCCCAAAUUUCUAGUUGAGAUCGUCAACGAGACGCCAGUCAAUUCCAUGCCGUCUCUGAAAGGAGCGGACCAUAAUUCCAUAAGCGACAAUCAUGCCGAAUCUACUAGUACAACUCAAUACUCUUCUAGUUUUAAGCCUGGGGCUCGUUCAGGACUUGGAGGAAGAACGCACUUGUUUAACAAUUCCAAAACGUUCCGUACUUCACUUAAUCAACAGACCAGAUCCAAUCAAGUUGGACAGCUAUACAGCCGCAAUACAUCUGCCACAUCGCAUGUUCCACCUUCAGCACAGUCUCUUGAUCUUUCAUUCGACUUUGUCCAGAAUCCAACGUCCGAAUGGAGCUACGUUCCAAACGUCAUUAACCGCACACCUGAUGAAGUGCUUGCUCUGCUAGAAAAAUGA